AUCUGUUAGGGACAUUACUCCAGCCACAAGAUAUUGGAAAAUCAAAAUGAUCGUUACAGAAAAGUCACCAAAACGUACGGCGCAAAAUUCAGCAACAAAAUACCAAAAUUUGGUACUUUUAGAUUCUGAGGGAAAUCGCGUGCAGGCAGUGAUCUUUGGGAAAGACAUCGAUCUACGUAAUGAUACACUGUAUAUCUACCAAUCAUACUAUAUCGCAAAUGCUUUGGUAAGAACAAUGGAUCCAAGGCAUCAAAGAGGACCAUAUCAAUUUCAAUGGACAAUAAACUCCAAGACCAUUGUUGAAGAGAUCGAAGAAGACGAGCCAGCACUUAGACCACCAGAAUAUAACCUUGUUCCUUUGAAUGAACUUGGCGUACACAUAGACACAGAUGCUGAAAUAGAUAUUUUGGCACUUGCAAUUCAUAUGAACCCGCCAAAUGAAGUGAAUACGAACCAUGGAAAAUCGUUGAUCCAAGAGAUAUACUUGAUUGAUCCAGGUCUAAAACUCCUGCGUUUAACAAUGUGGAAUCGCUUUGUUCAUGACGAAUGCCACGAAAUUUCUGACCUUAUUCUGGCAAAGCCAAUUAUUUUAGGAACACGGAUCAAAGUUUCUUCUUAUAAUGGCCUAUCGCUGUCAUCAAGACCGACGAGUGUCUUUAUUGUUGAACCCCUUCUUUCAUCUUCUGUUGCAUUACGUACAUGGGCAGCACAAAAUGAUAAAUUGCUGGAAGAAAUCAUUGGAAAUAGUUUUGGAUCAGCUUCAAGUAGUUCUACCGAUCCAAUCAUAAAAGUAUCUGAAAUCGCAGAAAAACUGAUAUCUGCUCCAGCAAUGGCGAGGUCCACAUAUUUGGUUAGAGGCAAAUUUAGAAUGGUUGAUUUUCACCAGUCAUUCCACUACGUAUCAUGUGAGAAUUGUAACAAGGCAACUGGCUAUGACCUCGGUGAAAACUUCAUAUGUUAUAGUUGCAAGAAUGCAGCAAUUGCACGGGCAAGGUGUCGAGUUUAUUUAGAUGUGUAUGAUGAUACCACAUCGACACCCGUUGUUAUUUUUGGAUCUUUGGCAGAGGAAAUUUUGGGAUGCACAGCUGUUGAUCUUAUAGACCGUACAGACGAGAUAAAAUCUAUACAUUUAAAUACGUUUAAAAAUUUUGAUACAUUAUCUUUUUAUAUGUUUUUUCAUUGUUACAGGAACAUCUGCCUUAUAUUGAAAACAUUGCAAACAAUAUUGAAAAUAAUGAGUGGAUCAUAGUCUUGGGUGCGCAGAUGAAUGAAUCUGGGAGGUUACGCCAAAACAAACUUACUGUAUUAUCUGUUAAUAACGUCCCAGGAACAGCAGAAUGAGUUUCCAGACUUCUCUUCUGAAACUUUUGACUAUUGUAAUAUAUAAGUACAGGGUACUCAUGUAUAGUUGUAGUUAUGUUUAUUAGAGUGCUGUAUUAUAGCAAUGAA